AUGAGUGUCGUCGGUGUAGACUUGGGGACGGUCAAUACUGUUAUUGCCGUUGCCAGAAACCGUGGAGUCGAUGUGAUUACCAAUGAAGUUUCCAACCGAGCCACCCCAUCCCUAGUUGGCUUCGGUCCUAAAUCCAGAUACCUCGGCGAGCCCGCGAAGACCCAGGAAAUCUCCAACCUCAAGAACACAGUUAGCUCUCUCAAGAGAUUAGCAGGGCGCUCUUUCAACGACCCCGAUGUGCAAAUCGAGCAGGACUUCGUCUCCGCGCCCCUUGUUGAUAUCAAUGGCCAAGUCGGUGCGGAGGUUACCUACUUGGGAAAGAAGGAGCGGUUUACUUCGACACAGCUCGUCUCCAUGUUCUUGAGCAAGGUCAAGGCCACAGCAUCUGCGGAGUUGAAGCUACCAGUUUCUGACUUGGUCAUGAGCGUUCCAGCCUGGUUCACCGAUGCCCAACGACGAGCCCUCAUGGACGCUGCUGAGAUAUCCGGCCUUAAGCUUCUCCGCUUGAUGAACGACACUACCGCAGCUGCUCUGGGUUACGGAAUUACUAAGACCGAUCUUCCUACUGGCGACGAGAAGUCCAGACGUGUGGCCUUUAUUGAUAUUGGACACAGCAACUACACGGUCUCCAUUGUAGAGUUCAGAAAGGGCGAGUUAACUGUCAAGUCUACUGCCUGCGAUCGCCAUUUCGGAGGACGUGACUUUGACAAGGCUAUUGUGGACCACCUGGCUUCUGAGUUCAAGGAAAAGUACAAGAUUGAUAUCAAGAGCCAUCCCAAAGCUCUCGUCCGUGUCCAUGCCGCCGCCGAGAAGCUUAAGAAGAUCUUGUCCGCCAACCAGCAAGCCCCAAUCAACAUCGAGUCCUUGAUGAACGAUGUCGAUGUUUCCACCAUGAUGAGCCGUGAGGAACUCGAGAAACUAGUUGAGCCUCUGCUCAAGCGCCUCCAUGUCCCCUUGGAGCAGGCUCUGGCCGACGCCAAGCUCAAGGUUGAGGAUAUCGAUAUCGUUGAGUUGGUCGGUGGAUGCACACGUGUACCUGCCCUUAAGGAGCGUAUCCAACAGUUCUUUGGCAAGACACUCUCAUUCACCCUCAACCAAGACGAGGCUAUUGCGCGAGGAUGUGCGUUCAGUUGUGCUAUUCUUUCUCCUGUCUUCCGUGUCCGCGAUUUCGCCAUCCACGAUAUCGUCAACUACCCUAUCGAAUUCACCUGGGAAAAAUCUCCUGACAUUCCGGACGAGGAUACCAGCCUGACCGUCUUCAACAAGGGCAAUGUCAUGCCAUCAACCAAGAUUCUUACCUUCUACCGCAAGGAGACCUUCAACCUUGAGGCCAAAUACGCCAACCCCGAGGCUCUCCCUGGAAAGGUCAAUCCCUGGAUUGGAAGAUUCACUGUCAAGGGCGUCAAGGCCGACUCGAAGGAUGAUUUCAUGAUCUGCAAACUCAAGGCGCGCUUGAACUUGCACGGUAUCUUGAAUGUUGAGUCUGGCUACUUCGUGGAGGAUGUGGAGGUUGAGGAGCCAAUCCCCGAGGAGAAGAGUGACGAGAAAAAGGACCCAGAUGCGAUGGACACUGAGGAGAAGCCAAAGACCCGAAAAGUCAAGAAGCAAGUCCGGAAGGGUGAUCUCCCCAUCAUCUCGGGUACUUCUUCUCUCGAUGAGACUGUUAAGGUUUCCGCCGCCGAGCAAGAAUCUAGCAUGAUCAUGGAGGACAAGCUUGUCGCCGAUACCGAGGACAAGAAGAACGAGCUCGAGACUUACAUCUACGAUAUGAGAAACAAGAUCGACGACACCUACUCCGAGUUCGCCAGUGAGGACGAGAAAGUUAAGCUGAAGGCUAAGCUUGAGGCUAGCGAGGAUUGGCUCUACGACGAGGGUGAGGAUGCUACCAAGGCCGUCUAUCAAUCCAAGUACGAUGAGAUCCGCGCGAUUGCUGGUCCCAUUGCUCAACGCUACUUCGACAAGGUUGAGGAGGAGCGUGCAGCUGCUCAGGCUAUUGCUGAUGCCGAAGCAGCCAAGAAGCGCGAGAUGGCCGAGGCAGCAAAGAAGGCUGCGAUGGCUCAAGAGGCUGCCAGCAAGGACGAGGAGAUGACCGAUGCCGAGACCACGAAGCCGGAUGAGGUUGUCGAGCCCGAGGAGAAGUAG